AUGAAAGAAAUUAUUUAAUGUAAAAAUACUGUAUUAAGUAGUAUAUUCAUUAGAGGGGGAGGAUUAUAUGAUAAAAGAGGUAAUGACAUAAAGAUUGGAAAGUGGAUAGAAUUAAAUAAUAAGUUUAAUUAUUCAAACUAGCUUUUUUACAAAGGGGAAUAUGAUCAUGUAAAAAAGUAGGUAGAUGGGAUGAUAUUUGUUUAAUAAAGAAGGGGGUUAAUUUUUGGGUUAAAUCAUAAAUUAAUAUUUUCAAUAUUUUAAACAUAUUAAAAUUUAUUAGUGGAGGUGGAUCAUAUGAUAAAGUUGGAAAUGGGAUUAAAUAGGGUACUUGGGUAGAAAAUUAUUAAGAAUUCAAUGAUUCUUCUUAAGUUAUGUAUAAUGGAGAUUAUUAAAAUGGUAAGAAAAUUGGAAUUUUGUUGCUAAUAGAUUUAAAUGAAAAUAAAAAAUUUAGAGAAAUUAAAUAUUAUAUAAUAUAAUAAAAACUGA